UUAGGAAAAUAACAGGCAUCCAUUGUGUUCCACACGUGUAAGUUGCUACUAACUGCAUUUACAACAAGGGAUAUGUUAAUAAGCAACUUUUUUCUGAUAUCCGGAGUUAUAAUUCUACAAUUUGGUAUCCUAAUUUGUGAUAGAGAUAACUAUUAUGCAACUUUAAAUGUACCAAAAGAUGCAAAUAUUAAUAAAAUUAAAAAAGCUUAUAGGAAUUUAGCAAAAACAUUACACCCAGACAAAAAUAAAAAUGAUCCAGAUGCAUCUGAAAAAUUUAAAAAGCUGACAACAGCAUAUGAAGUUCUUUCAGAUAAGGGCAAACGUGCAAUAUAUGACAAAGGAGGGGAUCCAUUGAAAUCAGGAGGUCAAGAUAUGUUUCAUGCAAAUGAUAUAUUUUCAUCGUUUUUUGGAGGGUUCUUUCAUCAAGAAGAAGGAACAACUCAAAGAGAAUUUAAAGGGGCAAAUGUUGUUAUUGAUUUAUAUGCCACUCUGGAAGAGAUAUACAAUGAACUUUUUGUUGAAGUUGUAAGAUUCAAACCAGUUUAUAAACCAACUUCUGGAACAAGAAAAUGUAAUUGUAGGGCAGAAAUGGUAACAAAGCAAUUAGGACCUGGUAGAUUUCAAAUGAAUCAGGUUGAAAUUUGUGAUGACUGUCCUAAUGUCAAGAUCGUGAAUGAAGAAAAACUCUUAGAAGUCGAGAUCGAAAAAGGUGUCGCUGACAGAUAUGAAUAUACAUUUUUUGGAGAAGGUGAGCCGCACAUUGAAGGAGAACCUGGAGAUUUGAUUUUCAAGAUAAGAGAAACCAAGCACAAAUUUUUCGAAAGAAGGGGAGACGAUCUAUUCUGCAAUAUUACGAUCUCAUUAGUUAACGCGCUCUUGGGGUUUUCUAUGGAUAUCGAACAUUUAGAUGGUCAUAAGGUAAAAGUCAAACGUGAUACCGUUACCAAACCAGGCGACAAAAUGAAGAUACCCAGGGAGGGGAUGCCCAAUUACGAUAACAACAACAAAUUCGGCGUAUUACACAUAACCUUCGAUGUUGUAUUCCCUCCCAAAAAUCACAUAUUUAAUGACGAAUCCGAAAAAACAGCUAUCGACAAGCUAUUUGGAUCAUGGCAUCAAGCUCCCAUUACUUAUAACGGUUUACAAGCUAAUUAAUCUAAUAAUUGUCAGCCGAGUCAACUAUUAAAACGAUAUCCAUAUGGUUUUUGCACAAUAAAAUGCGAAUUUGAACAUACUCGUUAACUAAAUCCCCUAAGAUCUAAUACCAUUUACAUUCAUAUAUAUAUAUAUAUAGUUUAAUUAUUUGUGAUAUGUACCAUAAUAUUUUUAUCUCUCAUAUAUAUAUUAAUUUAUAUAAUUUCUUAGGUUUUAUAUAUAUAAAAAAAUAAAUGUAUAAAAAUUGUAACUUGCUCGUAUCAAAUUAAUUAAUUUAUAUAUUUUUUUUAUAAACAUUAUUAGGGAUUCCUUUAUAUAUAUUUUUUUAUAAUUGUAUCGACUUGUCAUUUUUGUAAUUAUAAUCAUAAUUUUUUUAUGUCAUUUAUUUAUUUACUAUGUAAAGUAUUCGUUUGAUUUAUAAAAUUCGAUAAAUUAUUUGGGGGACUUAUGUAAAAUGUAAAUUUUUCUAUUGAGGGGAAGGAGAAUAAAGAUAUGUUUUACGCGUUAUUGUUUAUCCGAGUUUAUCGACCAAUUUUUCAAUAAUCCAAUAUUCACACAAACCCGAUCCGAUAUUUAAAUUGAUU